AUGGCAAAUGGUUAUUGUACUAAUACUUUAUGUGUUAAUCGAGAAACACAAUUAUGUUUAGCUCGUCUUCGUGAAGAAUUAUUAACAAAUUUUAAUAGUCUUUUAUUAGAUCGAAUUCGUUUUCUUGAACAAACUAUCAAUCGUCUAUCAUCAUCACCACCAUCAAUACCAACAGCAACAGCCUUAACAUCAGCAUAUACAAAUCCAAUGCCAACAUCUACAAAUAUAGAUCGACUUUCAACACCAGCACUACUUCGACGAAGUUCAUCAACAACAACUUAUUUUCUUUUAAGUCCAACUAAUCAAAAUUCGACGGGAAGCGGAGCAAGUGCUCGCUCAUGUCCAUCUAGUGUUGAUUUAACAACUAAUGAACGACGAACAAGAUUCUUUUCAUCAAAAAAACUUUCACAAUCACGAGCAAGACAAUCAUCUGAAAGUAGUGGUAAUUAUUUAUCAAUACCGAUGGAUGCACAAUGGUCUAUGUUAACUAAUGAUCUCAUAUCGAAUACUAAUAUUAGCAAUGAGAAAGGCCGUCUCGAAUCAAGACGUUUUGCAUGUGAUGUUGACGAUAAUGAAGUGCGUGCAUUCAAAGCCAUGAUGUAUAUGGAACAAGCCCGGAAACAACAUGCACGACCACUAACUCGUUUACGACAAGCAUUGGGUAUAUCGACUAAUUCUAGCACAGGAAGUUAUGCAUUAAACAGCUCUAAAAAGCAUUCGAAUGCUUAA